AUCUCUUCCAAAAAAAUAAGUGGUCGACCGGGAAUUCAGCGGCAAAUAUGGACGUGGAAGUUGUAUUCUCGCAGGGUCAGCAGGGUUACCACACAUUCCGUAUCCCCGCCCUGGUGCACCAUGAGGGGGUGUUCCUCGCCUUCUGUGAGGCCAGGAAGGACACGUACAAGGACUGGGGGCCCAUGGACAUCGUGAUGAAGAGGGGGGUCCUGCAGGAGGGGGGAGGGGUGGAGUGGUCAGACGUUCAGACUGUCUGCUGUGUGCCUGACAAAAGAUGUAUGAAUCCCACCCCUAUUGUGGACCGGACCAAUGGAACGAUCCAUCUCCUGUUUGGCACGAUCCCGCCGCAGGUUACGGAACACGACAUGAUUCGGGAUGGUGUGCACCAAAUAAGGCUCUGUAUCGUCAAGAGUAAAGACAAUGGUUUGACCUGGAGUGACCCUGAGGAUCUCACAGACAAAGUUCUGGGCAAGGAGAAUCCACAGUGGGCCUGCUUCGCUAUGGCUCCAGGACAUGGGAUUCAGCUGAAGUCUGGCCGUCUGGUUGCUCCCGGCAACCAUAUGGUGAAGAAAAGUUCCACCCAUGAGGAAGCUCCAAGACCACGGUCCUACCCCACUUCCUGGUUCAGACGGACUUUAGAGUUGGUCUGGUGGUUUUUGUUCUCAAGAGAUUUCCUGCAAGGCUGUGUGGUCUGCUCGUUUGUAGUGUUUUCUGACGACCACGGUGAAACGUGGCAGUUAGGUGGGAAGGUCCCUGAGAGGCCAGAGAACCUGCACACCUCGGAAUGUCAGGCAGUAGAGAUUCUGAAAAAAGAUGGCUCCUCCUCGCUGUGUCUGAACAUCCGUACCCUUGGGCCGCACGCUCGCCGGCAGCAGUCCUUUAGCGAGGAUGGCGGGCUGACGUUCUCCCCGGGACAGCUGGUGGACUCUCUGGUGGAGCCGUGUAAGACUGGACCCGUCAUGCCGACUGUCAAGAACUACGGGGGAUGUCAGGGUUCUGUCGUUGCUGCCACACCUCCAUCUAACCUGACCGGUCCCGAAGGGUCAGAGUUCGAAACCUGGGUCCUGUUCGCCAACCCAAACCAUCUCUCCCUCCGUGAGAACAUGUCCAUCAAGGUCAGCAAAGACGGGUGUCGGACAUGGAGUGAGGGUCUCGUGCUUCACAAGGGGCCGAGCGCGUACUCUGACCUUGCAGCGUACGAGGAAGGGGGAGUGACCAAGGUCGCCUGUCUGUUCGAAAAGGGGGAGGGGCAUGCGUAUGAGACAAUCUCUCUGCAGAGGAUGAGUUUGGAAGAUGUUGUGAAAGGAACAUCUGGUUAGAGAGUUCUGAAUAAAGUUAAUCAGGAAAGAAUUAUCAGAGAUCAAGUAUGUAAGAGAGCUAAGCUGUCUUUAUCAGAACUGCACUUUAGGUUUCACUAUUACUUACUAUGUCAUUUCUAGAAUUUUUGUGGUUUUAUGUUCACAGUUUUUGCAAACUUUUCACAAGAACUAAAUCCACAGUCUUCAAUUACUAAGGAUGUUACUGUAUAUUUAUAUAUAUAGUGCUAUCACGAACUUAAAACCACUGUGAACUGUCCAUUUUCUCCUUUACUGCGAAAUCAAAUCAUUGCAAGUUAAUGGAAAAAAAUUUUUUCCCACAAUUUUUUCUUCAGCUGUUGGUAAUGUUUGAUAGAUCUUUGUGUAUCGGGAUGAGAUGUCAGUUAAAUUUGCAUCUUUUUUUUUUAGCCGAGGUACAUGUGUUAAUAGAAUUGGACACUUAUAAACUGCAUUUGGUUGUAGUUUUGAGCAUUGGGCAGGAGUUCCCCCAGUGUUUUUAAGCAUACCAUUUUUAGUCAGAAAUGUACUUGAAAACAUUCUGUUUCUAUUGUGUUGACUUCCUUCAGCGUUGAAGUUGAAGAUUUGGGGCCUUAAGUUGUUAGUCUCAAAAAUGUAUUUAAUGUCACAGAGGUUACGUUAACACAAUCGAGAAUAAAGAAAAUCAGUCUUCUUCAA